AGACAGAGACGUUAUAUCAAGCUCUAGAUAGCUAUUUCUAUUAGUCUAUCGUCAUCAUGUCUACAGUAAUGAAAAUAAACAUUUGCAAAACAAACAACAAAGACUUGAUGGAUGAUAGUGGCGCAUUCUCAUCUAUGUUUACUGCAUUGUUCAAAUUUCCCUCUUGCCAGUGGAGACAGCUAGUCGCGUACCUGUCUGAGGAGCGCAAUCGUUACCGAGGCGCGUCGGUCUGCAUCGGCGGGCAUGCGCACACCAACGACACGAGCGUUCGACCAAGUUUAGUGAGAAGCGAGGAGGAACGGCACUGCACGCUGGCUGCGAAUGGUCGAGUAGAGCCGCCGCGCCGCGCCGCCCGCUCCCGCAGUCCGCCUGCCGCGCCGGUUCUGCGCGCUCCACGCUAACCGCAUCAUGGUAAUGGACAACCGUGCGAAUGACGAUAACGAUACGGAACACAACUCUUCAAUUUUUAUAACGAAUUUUCAAAAUGGAGACGUCGUGAACUAUUCCCUAGUUUUGAUUAAGGGAAUCAUAACAAGAGGCAAUUCGAAUAAUCAUGAAAAACUGACGUGCACAUUAAAAAGUGAAAAUCUUCAAAACAAAACUCAGUGGGACGUUUAUAAUGGAGAAUUUAAAGUUAUCAUAGAACUUAGAAGAGGUGAAAAUGUUAUUGAACUCGAAUAUGCUGAACAGCAAAGAAAAACCUUACUCCUAGAUUAUACUCCACGAAAAACAAAUCUGAGAGUAACUCCAGUCUACAUCAUAUGUCAAGGUCACGAUGGAUGUUUUCAAAGUCCACCAGAUAUCGACAAUUCAAUAGAAAGUGCCUGUUCUCGAAUAGCGAUUGGUUCAAAAUUGAUUCAGUGUUUAACAGCAGAAAAACUUUUUGAGAGCGGUAUUGGAAGAAAAACAUUCCAACUUGAACAUGAAGUCAAUCCUAAAAAGCCAGAAUGCAUUGUAUUCAAGAGCAGCCUUAACGUUAACAAGGCCAGAAAAAUGAAACAAACCGAGUUAUGGUCACAUUUUGGAAGAGAACUGAUGCUUUCUGAUUUAGGAAGUAAUGAAAGAAAAUUCUUGGGUUUCAUAUCCUGCACUCGGUUUAAAGGUACUGAUAUUGAUAAGCCCAUGACACACGAAGAGAUUGUAUCUCUUACUGAAGCAUACGCUGCAUUGGGAGGAGGAGGCUUGGCUCUUUUCGGGACAGCUUGUCUGUAUACCUGGCCCACGACUGUGGAAGAAAUCAUUCCAAAAUUCUUAGAUGCGACCCCAGUAAACGUAAGGCGAUUCAUGGACGACAGUGGAUAUCGAGGAACAUUAGGAGGAUGUUUCGCAACUACACUAGGUUCAGUAUUCCAUGAACUCGGUCACACAUUUGAUCUUGGGCACACCAAAGACGGUAUUAUGGGAAGAGGUUUCGACAAUAUAGACCGGGUAUUUGUUACCGGGGAAAAACGAUCUGCUCUUGCGAAAGAUAACAUGAACAACUUUAAUGGAAAACCAGUACAGCAUUCAACUGUUUCACUCCAGCGUAAUAUAAGUGUAACUAUGAAUGUGGCGGAACCUUUGCGAGUUUUAGGACCAAGAAGUAAAACAACAUUAGAACGCCUUGGCUCAGUAUUUGCUCCUGUAAAAUAUGACAUGCAAGGAAAUAUCGACAAAUUAAAAAAUAUUUACAAAUAUGAUGAAAACUCUUGCUUGCUGGAGUUAAUGCUUGCUGAAAACGCUAAUGGCCAGCCAGUUGCAGCUGAAGGUGUUCUGUGGCUAAACAGGGCUUUACUAUUUUUUGAGAUUUUAUUUUCACAAAUCCUCUCUCAUGUGCAAGCAAAUGACAUUGAUAUAUCUAUGAAAAAGAUAUUUACAGUGGCUUAUGAAGGGUCAGUAAAAAAAUAUCACAACUGGGUCACACAACAAAUAUUUUCUUUUAUAUGUAAAAUGUCACCAACUCUUCCUCAAGUAAUUAAAUCAUUUGAAAUGGACAAUGACAUGAAAGGAUUUGAAACAAAAAUAGAAAGCUUUCAAAAAACUUUGCAUUUAGUUAGACAUAAAAUUGACGAAUUCUUCACAGAAAACAAUCUAUUCACUGAUCAAAUCAAAAAGUAAUUAUUUAUUGAAAACAGUAAAGUAUAAAGUUAAAAAAGUAUAAAGUAAAAUGUUCUAUUUUAAUUUGAAAAUUAUAUUUUUUUAUUUAAAGCAUAAUAUUAAUGAAGUAUGAGUGAACAAGAAUGACAAAUAUUUUAAAUGCUAAUUUGUACAUAGUAUUAAAUACCAAAUAUUAUAAUAAUGCCUAAGAGUGUACCAUAGUGCUGUGUUAGUAAGGUUAGAGAAUGCGCCAGAGGCUAUUUCACAGUUGAAUAAAUGAGAAUAAAUAUUAUUAUUUAUUUUAUAUUCCAUAUAGAUAAAGUAAAGUAAGUAUUAAUGAAUUGUAUUCUGAUGUGUGGUAGCCUAUAGACAUUUGUUUUUAUCUUUUAUUUGUGAUUAGAAAAAAGAAAUAAUGUCCAGUGCCUUGUGAAAUAUUUGAAGGCAAAGUAACAAUUUUAUAAGACUCCAAACAUUUUACCGAGAGGUUAUAUUUGAUACAAUUAAGAUGUAGAUUAUAGUUUAAUGUUAGGUAUGUCAUAAUACCUCAGGAAAGGUAUUAUAAGGUUUGAAAAUAGAAUUUUGUGUGAUUCAUUAUAAAAUAAUGUUUAUUUGAGUAAUAUUAUGAGUGUACAACAUAUUUAAACUUUGAUAAUUGCUAUUAUAAUAUCUUGAUCUUGAUUUAGAUUGUAUUUUGUUCAACAAUAUGUGUAUCAACUAAUAUUUAAUUAUUACCAAUACCAAAGCUUUGCUUUCAUACACUUUCACACUUAUAUUCAAGUCCUUAAUUAAUCAAGUGAGCAUUUAAUGUUGUGUAACAACAUAAUAAAGUCUUUUCAUGUAA